AUGUCCUAUCUUCGACUCUCUCAGCGUUCUCUGUGGAAAGCGGGACAGAGUUUUGAGUUCCCUGAGAAAUGGGCGAAGCUGGCUAAGAAGGAGACAGGGUUUGAGGACCCAGGCAACCAGCUUCUGUGGAACACACCUGAGGGCAUCUACGUGAAGCCCCUGUACCUUCCCAGAGACAUUGACAUGAAGGAAAUCAGUGAAGACCUUCCCGGCGUCUAUCCGUUCACUCGUGGGCCUUAUGCCACCAUGUACACUCAGAAGCCUUGGACCAUCAGACAGUAUGCUGGGUUCAGUACUGCAGAAGCAAGCAAUGCAUUUUACAAGAAGAGUAUCGCAGCAGGCGGGCAAGGACUGAGUGUGGCUUUUGACCUUCCCACUCACAGAGGAUACGACUCUGACAAUGAAAGAGCCAUGGGCGAUGUUGGCCUAGCUGGUGUGGCCAUUGACACUGUGGAAGACAUGAAAGUGCUUUUCAAUGGUAUUGCCCUCGACAAGAUCUCGGUCAGUAUGACCAUGAAUGGCGCAGUCCUUCCCGUCAUGGCAUUUUACAUCGUCGCAGCGAUGGAGUCUGGAGUGACACCAGAAAAGCUCACCGGAACCAUUCAGAACGACAUUCUCAAGGAGUACAUGACUCGCAACACUUACAUAUACCCACCGGAGCCUUCUCUACGAAUUAUCAGUGACAUCAUGGGAUACUGCUCCAAGAACAUGCCGAGGUUCAAUACUAUCAGCAUUUCCGGGUAUCAUAUGCAGGAGGCGGGCGCUCCCGCACACUUGGAGUUGGGUUUCACAAUUGCUGACGGGAUAGAGUACGUGCGGUGUGGCACGGCAGCGGGAGCGAGUGUGGACGACCUUGCUCCAAGAUUUUCUUUCUUCUUUGGUAUCGGAAUGAACUUCUACAUGGAGGUCGCAAAGCUCCGUGCAGCAAGAAAGCUCUGGGCCCACGUGAUGAAGAAAUACUUCAACCCCAAGAAGGAGAAGUCCCUUCUGCUCAGAACUCACUGCCAGACAUCCGGCUAUUCUUUGCAAGCUCAGGAUCCAUACAACAAUGUUGUGAGGACAACAAUUGAGGCCAUGGCUGCGGUGAUGGGUGGAACACAGUCACUUCACACAAACUCGUUUGAUGAAGCCAUUGCCCUUCCAACUGAGUUCUCUGCUCGAAUUGCAAGGAACACGCAACUUAUUCUUCAGCAUGAGACUGGAAUCUCAAAAGUCAUUGAUCCAUGGGCGGGCAGCUACAUGAUGGAGGCCUUGACUCAGGAGCUCUAUAAUUCUGGACUUGCAAUUGUUGAGGAGAUUGAAGCACUGGGUGGCAUGGCAAAAGCAGUCGAAUCUGGAAUGCCCAAAUUGAAGAUUGAAGAAUGCGCUGCUCGCAAGCAGGCAAGAAUCGAUGCUGGCCUUGACGUUGUGGUUGGUGUCAACAAGUAUAAACCUGAGAAAGAGCAAAAGGUUGAUGCAUUCAUCAUUGAUAACCAGGCUGUCAAGGAAUCUCAGUUGAAGAAACUCGCUUCUGUGAAAUCGAGCAGAGAUCAAGCAAAGGUUGAUAAGGCGUUGGCAGAUUUGAAGGUCCGGGCCACUUUGGGAGAGAUUUCUGAGACCCUGGCUGACAUCUUUGGUCGCCACAAAGGAGGCUUGAAGAUCAAUGUUGGAGCAUAUUCGUCUGAAUACGGAAACAGUGAUGAGGUGACAAAAACUCGCGAACUAGUCGACAAAUUUGCAAAGGAGGCAGGAAGGCGACCAAGAAUUCUGGUUGCAAAGAUGGGACAAGACGGUCAUGACCGAGGACAGAAGGUUAUUGCCAGUGGUUUCGCUGAUCUUGGAUGGGACGUGGACAUUGGAUCUCUGUUUGCGACACCCAAUGAAGUCGCUGUUCAGGCCUUGGACGCUGAUGUACAUGUCGUAGGAAUUUCAACUCAAGCGGCAGGUCACAGGACUCUUGUUCCCGCAUUGGUCAAGGAACUAGAAACGCUUUCCAAGUCUGCAGGGCUCAAAGUUGCUCCAAAGGUUGUUGUUGGAGGAGUGAUCCCUGAGGGCGACUACGACAUGCUCUAUCAGGCAGGUGCCGUUGCUGUCUUCGGACCCGGAACACAAAUCCCAGCAGCCGUACGUGAAGUUCUUUCAAAGCUUCAGCCACAGUGAAGUUCGAAACAAGUAUGAAUAUUGCAGCAGCAAGAGAGCGUCGGAUUCAUUCAAAACGUUUUCGAUCAGCUCGGACCCAAAUCGCUGGCACACGCAGUGUAUCCUUACGUCUACCUAACCCUCCUUAUCGGAGUGAUAAGUGCUACCAUGAACAUAUU